AUGGCUAAGUUCACCAUUUCCAGCUGCAGUUUCCCCUUCAUUUUGCUCCUCUUCCCUUUCUACUCCCUAACCCUAACCCUAAUUGCAAAACCCAUUUCCUCUUCUUCCCUCAAACCCAUUACCAACAACCCUAAUUUCGAUUCCGAAAUUGCCCUCCUCGGCGACGCCGCCGACGGCGGCUCUUACGUGAACCUCACGCGCGCUUCGGCCUCGAGCUCCGGUCUUGUCCUCCGCCGGAAGGCUUUUAAGUUGGUGGAAGCGAAUCUCAGCAAUCCGGCGUCGUUUUCGUCGGAGUUGGUGUUUUCGAUCACGCCCGGCAACGGCGAUGGAAUCAUGGUCGUUUUCGCCGCCGGCGAUUUGGGGUCGAGGUUUUCCGGUAAGGGCUUGUUUGGGCUUGACGGUGAGAAAAGAUUUCUGGGUAUUGAAUUUGAUACUGAAAUGAAUCAUAAUGUGAAUGAUGUGAAUGCGAAUCAUGUUGGGGUGAAUGUGGGUAGCUUUGUGUCUGUGACUGUUGGGAAUGUUUCGGAUUUGGGUUUGGUGCUUAAUAGUGGAGAAAAGAUGAAAUCUUGGAUUGAUUAUGAUGCUAGUUCGAAACGAUUAGAGAUAAGGUUGAGUAAGAUGGGUGAACCAAGGCCUUAUAAUCCGAUUGUUGCGUAUGGUGUUGAUUUGAUGGCAAUGUGGAAAGAUAAGGAUGUGAAUGUAGGUAUAAGCUCGUCGAAUGGGAAUGGCAGUUCCUCGCAGAUUAGUAGUGUGUAUUUUUGGAGUUUUAGGCUGAGAAAUGUUCCAAGGAUGCAUUCGCUUCCGGUGAAUCCGAGGGAUUAUUUGGAUGACAAGCAUGGUGAAGGAUCGAGGUUGCAUAAGCGGAUGGCUUGUCCGUUGUCGAUUCUUGCUGGGAUUAUUUUCAUGACUGGAUGUGGGGCUCUGGUUUCGUUUGUUGUGCUGUUUUUGUGGGCUAUAGUUGCUAACAGGCACACAGUUUUCCCUCCUGAGGUGCUUCCUGCUGAGUUUCCGGUGAAGCCUAGUCCUACGGAUUUCAGGUAUGAGAAGAUCAGUGUAGUUGUAGAGGAAGAUGCAGAUGCAGAGGCAGAGGCAGAUGGUGUUAAGAAGUAG